AUGGCGCCCACCAGCAGAGUCUACCUCACCCGCCACUCGCAGGCAGAGCACAAUGUCGCCGACGACUACUCGAUCCCCGACGCGCCCCUCACCCCGCUCGGAAAGCAGCAGUCCGGUCGCCUCCCCUCGCUCACCCCAGAGCUCCAGCAGACGGCCCAGGUUAUUCUCUCGUCGGGCCUCAAGAGGACGCUGCAGAGCACAAAGAUCGGCUAUGCCCCCGCCAUCGAGCGCCUCGGCGGCCUGGGCAAGGUAGUGCUGCUACCCCAGCUGCAGGAAUGCAACGACUUCCCCUGCGACACCGGCUCGGCCCGCGAGGUGCUCGAGGCCGACCCGGAGCUGGCCGGCUUUGACUUUUCGCCCCUCACGCCCGACUGGACGAGCAAGCGGGGCUUCUACGCCGCCGACGACGCCUCGCUCAACGCCCGCGCCCAGUGGGUGCGCCAGUACAUCCGCGACAGGCCCGAGCAGGAGAUUGUCGUCAUGGCCCACGGCGACAUCCUCCGGAGGAUCACGGGACAGCAAUACCCCUGGAAGAACGCCGAGGUGCGGCUGUUCCAGUUCGAUCCGGCCACGGUAUCGACCGAGCAGGCGCCCCUCGUCCACGUCCGCGACAUUGCCACGGGCGGCAGCGUCGAGCCCACCUCGGGCGACAUUGCAAACCAGAAGGGCGUCCCCAACGCCGGCGCAAACGGCAACGGAAAUGCUGCUGCUCCCUCCGAGAGCCUCGCGGCCAUCGAGGAGCGGGUCAAGGAACGCCAGUCGGCCGUCCAGUCCAAGGCCAACGAGCUCGAGGAGCUCGAGCGGCGCCUGGCGGAUGCGGAAAAGAGAAAGGCCGAGCUCGAGGCCAAGGGCAUCAAGAUCUAG